AUGGCGCAAGCGGCGCUGACGGCGCUGGACACGUGGACGGCGCGCGAUUGGCGGAAGGAGGAGCGGCAGUGGCGGGAGGAGCUGCGCCGGUGGCGCGCGGAUGACGUGGCGUUCCGCGCAGAGGAGAGGCGCUUCAAAGCGGAGGAGCGGAUGUUCCGCGCCGUGCGGCACAGGUGGCGCCACGAGAUAAUGCAGCAGCGCCACGUGGACAACGCCAUGCAACUGUGGAACCGCACCAAGGAGUGCAACAGGCGCAGUGUGGAGGAGAAGGCGGAGCACAUGAGGGCCAUGGCGUGGGUGGCGGCUAUUGUGGGCGGAUUCACCAUGACUGCCCCCGUGGAGUUCACUUAUAGUGACCCCGAUGCUCCAAUGUCGCUGUGGGUAGGCGUGCAUGGGGCACAGGGCACGGAGCACGGUGCAAAGGGCAUGGGGCAUGGGGCACGGGGGAUGGGGCACGGGGGAUGGGGCACGGGGGAUGGGGCACGGGGGAUGGGCCACGGGGCACGAGCCCGCUGCUUCCUACUCUCCCAUACUUCCAAACUCCCCACUCUCCCCUGCCCCCUCCCCCUCUCCCCUGCCCCCUCCCCCUCUCCCCUGCCCCCUCCCCCUCUCCCCUGCCCCCUCCCCCUCUCCCCUGCCCCCUCCCCCUCUCCCCUGCCCCCUCCCCCUCUCCCCUGCCCCCUCCCCCUCUCCCCUGCCCCCUCCCCCUCUCCCCUGCCCCCUCCCCCUCCCCUCCCCUGCCCCCUCCCCCUCUCCCCUGCCCCCUCCCCCUCUCCCCUGCCCCCUCCCCCUCUCCCCUGCCCCCUCCCCCUCUCCCCUGCCCCCUCCCCCUCUCCCCUGAGAGGGGAGGAAAAGGAGUUUCAUGUGUUCCUCUCGCUGAUUCCAACACCUGCCCCUUGCCCCCUACCCCCUGGCCCCUUUCCAUCCCACCCAGCCAUCGCUGAUGGUAAUGGCAGCAAUGAUAGCAUUGUUCGUGUUAGGAGCAGUCCUGCGGAUGGGCAAGCUCUACCCAUCCCUGAUGGUGGUAGCAGCAAUGAUAGCAGUGUUCGUGUUAGGAGCAGUGCUGAGGAUGGGCAAGCUCUAGAGCCCAUCGCUGAUGGUGGUAGCAGCAAUGAUAGCAGUGUUCGUUCUCGGAGCAGUGCUGCGGAUGGGCAAGCUCUACGUGCACGAGAGGGAGGAGGAGGAGUUUCUCGCCUCUGCGCGCUGCUUCGCACUCAACCGGGCGGCGGCGGGCGGCAACAGGACAACAAUCGCCGCCCCGCCAGCUGCCCUGAGGAGCUUCGACCGAUUCUGGGACCUCAGAUGCGAGUCCGACUGGCGAUUGACCUUCCGUCUCUUUUCUGCGGGUAA